UCACCAAUAACUCAGCGGGGUUUGUCAGCUAGAAAUGCGCAUCUUGAUGCUACCGAAUGACAGCAAAGUCGUGCGAUUAAUCCGACCAUGGCAAAUCGUGUUUCUUCCAUGUUCUUUGGAGAUGGGAACCGCGGAAUUGAAGUGGGUCAGAGCAACGCACCGAUCCAAGCGAGUUUCUACUAUCCACCGGAGCCGGUAGAACUGAUCCCGCUCCCAUUCGCGUCGAUCCCCUUCCGUCCUGAUCCUACAUUCGUCGACCGUGGAGACAUCCUCGACCAGAUCGGCCGCCAAUGCUCCGAGCCAUCCAGUCGCGUCGCUAUAGUAGGUCUUGGUGGUGUAGGCAAGUCGCAGCUAGCCAUCGAGUUCGCCCACCGGUUUGCGGCUCGCUUAACCGAAACAUGGGUAUUCUGGGUUCAUGCUAGCACACAGGCUCGCGUCAUCGAAGGAUUCAAGUCGAUUGCUGACAAAGUCAAACUGAUGGGCCGCAAUCGUCCCGACGCCGACAUUCUCCAGCUCGUAUUUGAUUGGCUUUCUAAUGCACAAAAUGGCAAAUGGCUCUUGGUUCUCGAUAGUGCCGACGACUCCCACGUGUUUCUACACAGCACCAGCGGAGACAACGAUAACGGGCGGAAGCUGGUAGAGUAUCUGCCGCAAAGUGCCAAUGGAUCCAUUCUCAUCACCACACGUAACAGGGACCUGGCGUUCAGAUUGAUUGGCACCUCCCAGGCGAUCCAUGCAAUUGGCCCCAUGACACAGGAAGAGGCUCUGAAGCUGCUGGAGAAUAGACUUGGUACACUGUCGGAUGCGAAUGCCGCAGCUGACUUCGUGAGGUCGCUUGACCUUGUCCCGCUUGCCAUCAGCCAGGCUGCAGCCUACAUCCAAAUGCGGGCGCCGCGUACCUCGCUUGCACAAUACCUCGACGAGUUUCGACAGAGUGAAAGCAAGAGGGUGAAGCUUCUCAGUCAUGACGCCGGUGACCUGCGUCGAGAUCUUCGCCAGGAUGGAGGCGCGUCAAACGUCAUACUUACGACGUGGCAAGUGUCAUUCGACCACGUCCGCUCUAGGCGACCGUCAGCCGCGGACCUUCUUUCAUUGAUGAGCUUCUUCAAUCGGCAAGGGAUCCCUGAGUCGCUCCUUGGACCUCCCAAAGAUUGUUACAAUGCUGCACAAUCGACGAGCCCCGAAGAUAUCACUGAUUCAGAUUCACAAGGCAGUGAUAAUGAGACUGCAAAUGAAUUCGAGGAUGAUGUAGCAAUACUACGGGACUAUUGUCUUAUCAUGCAGGGCGAGGAUGCCAAUACGUUUGAGAUGCAUGGGCUUGUGCAGCUAGCGAUGCGGAGAUGGCUGAAAGCUCAGGGACUUCAGGAGAAAUUCCUGGAGAAGUACAUCGUGGUAAUGGCGAGCUCCUUCCCAGCCGGGGACUACGAGAACUGGACGGUAUGCCGAGCACUUUUCGCUCACGUUGAAGCAGCAGUCGAGUACCGGCCAAACGAGGAUAAUCUAAAGAAGAUAUGGGCAGGCCUCUUAUUUAACGGUGGAUGGUAUGCGUGGCUACAAGGCAGAUACGCCGUAGGUGAGCGGAUGACUUCAAAAGCGAGGAGAACUCGUGAAAAGCUGCUGGGUAAGGAUCAUCCGGAUACGCUGACGAGCAUGAACAAUCUCGCAGGGACAUACUGGAGCCAAGGCCGAUGGGAGGAAGCGGAGAAGCUACAGAUACAGGUAAUGGAGACUCGCAAGGCGAAGCUUGGAGCUGACCAUCCGGAUACUCUGACGAGCAUGAACAAUCUCGCAUUAACAUACUGGGACCAAAGCCGACUAGAGGAAGCGGAGAAGCUACAAUUGCAGGUGGUAGAGACUUUUAAGACGAAGCUUGGAGAAAAUCAUCCGAAUACUCUGAUGAGCAUGAACAACCUCGCAUUAACAUAUUGGGACCAGGGCCGAUGGGAGGAAGCAGAGAAACUACAGAUACAAGUAAUGGAGACUCGCAAGGCAAAGCUUGGAGCUGAUCAUCCGAAUACUCUGAUGAGCAUGGCCAAUCUCGCAUGGACAUACUACAACCAAGGCCGACUGGAGGAAGCAGAGAAGCUACAAUUGCAGGUGGUGGAGACUCAGAAGACGAAGCUUGGAGCUGAUCAUCCGGAUACUUUGACAAGCAUGAACAAUCUCGCCUCGACAUACUGGGACCAGGGCCGAUGGGAGGAAGCAGAGAAGCUACGAGUGCAGGUGAUGGAGACUUUUAAGACGAAGCUUGGAGCUGAUCAUCCAAAUACUCUGACGAGCAUGAACAAUCUCGCAUCGACAUACAUGGAUCAAGGCCGGCUGGGGGAAGCAGAGAAGCUAGAGGUGCAGGUAAUAGAGACUUUUAAGACGAAGCUUGGAGAAGAUCAUCCGGAUACUCUGAUAAGCAUGAACAACCUCGCAUCGACAUAUUGCAACCAAGGCCGACUAGAGGAAGCGGAGAAGCUACAAUUGCAGGUGAUGGAGACUCAGAAGACAAAGCUUGGAGCUGAUCAUCCGAAUACUCUAAUGAGCAUCAACAAUAUCGCAUGGACAUGGAAAAGUCAAGGUCGACAUGAAGAGGCGCUAUCCAUGAUGGAAGUCUGCGUCCAGAGGUGGCGACAAGUUCUUGGCCCAUGUCAUCCGCUCACUAAGGGGUCUUUGUCUAUCUUGGACCAGUGGAUCAAUACCUAGAUGCUUUCUUCUGUUCUCCUAAUCCUGAAGACCUAUGGUUUUGAAAUAUGCAUUCAAAAAUAAGUUUUUGUUUUUUUUGAUAUAAUAUGUUGAUGCAUCGCGUGGAAAGGUUAACGAUUUUACUGGUUUUGUUUCUGGUAACGUACAUGAUAAGCGAGCGUCGCAGACAAGCGAGCGUCGCACUUUUCUUAACAUUCUAGAUAGAAACCAUUAUAAAAAUAU